AUGGCUGCCUGUCUACGAGAUGACGUAUUUGGGGGCUACCGGGUCUACACAGCAUCCUUUGCCUUCUUCGAGGCACUUUGGGAGGCUGGUGUCUCCCACGUCUUUGUCAAUCUGGGCUCCGACCACCCCUCCAUCCUCGAGGCUAUGGUCAAGGGCCAGAAAGAAAAGCCCAAUGCUUUCCCUAAGAUCAUAACUUGUCCCAACGAGAUGGUGGCCUUGUCUAUGGCCGACGGUUAUGCUCGCUUGACUGGGGAACCUCAAUGCGUGAUUGUUCAUGUCGAUGUCGGCACCCAGGGGCUCGCUGCCGCUAUCCACAACGCCUCUUGUGGCCGAGCCCCCGUCUUGAUCUUCGCCGGUCUCUCCCCCUAUACGAUUGAGGGGGAGAUGCGUGGCUCGCGCACUGAAUACAUUCAUUGGAUCCAAGAUGUUCCCGACCAGAAGCAGAUCGUCUCGCAAUACUGCCGGUAUGCCGCAGAAAUUCGAUCUGGCAAGAACAUCAAGCAGAUGGUCAACCGCGCUCUUCAAUUCGCCACCAGUGAUCCUAAGGGGCCCGUCUACCUGGCCGGUGCACGAGAAGUUAUGGAGGAGGAAAUUACUCCUUACACUCUCAAUCAGAGCCAUUGGGUGUCUGUCUCCCCGUCUGCUCUCCCAAUUGAAGGUGUUGAGUUGAUUGCAUCAGAGCUCGCAGCUGCCAAAAAUCCCUUGGUCAUUGUCGGCUACUCUGGCCGAGAAGCGCGAGGUGUCCACGAGUUGGUCACCCUCGCCAACACCUUCCAGGGCAUCCGCGUCCUCGACACUGGCGGCUGCGAUAUGUGCUUUCCAGGAGACCAUCCGGCAUACCUAGGCAUGCGCUUCGGGGUUCAUGAUGCCAUCAAAUCCGCCGACUUCAUUCUCGUUGCCGACUGUGAUGUACCCUGGAUUCCGACGCUCUGCAAGCCGUCCGACUCUGCCCGCAUCAUUCACGUCGACGUCGACCCCCUCAAGCAGCAGAUUCCCGUCGCCUACAUCCCCACAAUUGCCACCUUCCGCGCUGAGUCGGCAACCGCUUUCAAGCAGCUCAAUGAAUACAUUGCAUCUAACCCCUCCAUUCAGCAGACAAUCCAGUCGGAUGAGAACCGUGCUCGGGGCAAGCGCCGCGCAGAGGCUUUCCAGAAGACCCGCCAGGCUAUCUACAACCUCGCCCGCUUACCUCCCGGCGGAGAUGUCGCCCCCCUCAAUGCCAACUAUCUCAUCAGCCAACUACGCCAGUCCUGCCCUUCCGAUACCAUUUGGGCCAUUGAAUCCGUAACCCUCACCGCCAACGUGGCCGACCAGAUUGCGCCUACACUGCCGAAAUCCUGGAUCAACUGCGGCGGUGGUGGUCUCGGCUGGUCCGGCGGCGGUGCCCUGGGCAUCAAGCUCGCCACUGACGCUAAACACGGCGGGUCAAACAAAGGCAAAUUUGUCUGCCAGAUCGUCGGGGAUGGCACCUAUCUCUUUUCCGUUCCAGGGUCUGUUUACUGGGUUGCUCGUCGCUAUAACAUUCCUAUUCUUACGAUCGUGCUCAACAACAAGGGCUGGAAUGCCCCUCGUCGCAGUAUGCUUCUCGUCCAUCCGAAUGGCGAUGGAUCUCGUGCUACGAACGAAGACCUCAACAUCUCUUUCGCCCCGACUCCCGACUAUCCGGGUAUUGCGACAGCUGCAUCUGGUGGUACCUUUUGGGGCGCUCAGGCUGCUAAUGUUGCUCAGCUGAGAAAGCUAUUACCUGAGGCGAUCAAGAGUGUGCAGAAUGGUACCACGGCUGUUUUGGAGGCGCAGCUCGAUGGAACGCAGGGGAAGUACGUCGCCGCGAAGCCUUCGCUGUGA